AUGGGCUGGGGUUUGCCUCUAGUGCCCCAGACCGACCCGAGUGACCCGUCUGCAACCCAUAGGGUCAGGAGCAAACGCUGCUCCUGCAACAACCAGCUGGAUUCGGAAUGCCACUAUUUCUGCCAUCUGGACAUCAUCUGGGUGAACACGCCAAGUAAGACCACAGUGUAUGGAUUGGGCAGUCCGUUGGCUCGCCGGCGCAGGUCUACAGGCCGCUGCUUCUGUGCCAGUCCUGCAGAUCAGACAUGCAAUGCAUUCUGUCACUACAGCUCUGAAAAUCCUGCCAUCAUGCUGGUUCACCCAUCUGAACCUGUGACUAAAAAACAGGAACAACCCAAAUCAGAUCAACUGACUGCCCUAAAUAACUCCCAAAAUGCCAGUCCAGGAGUUCUGGUUUUAGGGAAGUCUUCCUCCCUUGGGGCUCGGUCAGACGUUAUAACCUUCCUCAGGAACCUGGUUAGGGCUAGAGCCAGAGCCAUGGGAAAGGUAUCCAAGGCCAGUAAACCUGGCUACAGAUGAAGUCCUUACUUAGAUGAGAUGGGAGUGCGAGCACUUGAACAAAAAAAUGACCCUUGUGAAACCAGGGGCAGCAGAACAUGCAUACGCUGCGAUCAAGCAGCUUUCCUCAAGGACAGUCCUGUGGAAACCGAGCCUUUGUCGCAUGUUUAA